AUGGUGUCCCUAUUCGGUGUCAAUUUCCACGAGGCCAAGCUUGUCCAGAAAGCCCUCCAACACUUCUAUGCCCUCGGUCCUCAGACUGCGACCCGGAUCAUGGCCAAGCACUCCAUCCACCCCAGAGCCAAGAUUGGCACGCUGUCGCCCAAGACCGUCACAGCCCUGACAGCCGAGUUAUCAACCAUGGUGAUAGAAAGCGAUGCGCGAAAGAUUAUCCAGGAUAACAUCAAACGGUUACGUGACAUGGGAACAUACCGCGGCAGAAGACACGCCAUGAACCUGCCCGUCCGCGGCCAACGGACAAGAAACCAGAACAUGACCGCCAUCAAGCUCAACAGAGUCGAGCGCAAGGGGUAGAACUUUAUAUAGGAUUUAGAGAGUGGAAGGGGAGACAAGAAACCAUUGGCGCGGCGUUAGAGGUUAUCCCGGAGUGCAGGAGCUGGAAGAAACCAACAGCCUGGGCCCGGAAAAGAAAUCUGUGUUUCUAGUGUACAAUACAACAAGCAAUGAACAAACAAAAAAAGAACAAAAAAAAAAAAAAAAACCCACUGAUAAUCACCACA